AUGUUGGUUGAUUUUGUUUCUAUUGCAAUACCCGAUGAGGCUGGUGCUAAACCUUAUUCUUGUCUGGUCUGUGAGCAGAAAUUCUACUUCAAAUGUGAGCUUGAGAAACACAUGAAGGUUCACUUUGGUAAAGAUCCUUUUAAAUGUCUUGUGUGUGAAAAGAAAGUUAGCACUAUUCAUCGUUUGGAAUAUCAUUGUCGUGUUCACACUGGAAUUAAACCUUACCAAUGUGAUCAGUGUGAACGGACAUUCAAUUAUCAAUUUCAGUUGAAAAACCAUAAACUGGUACAUACUGGCCGUCAACAGAUGCAGUGUGAAAUCUGUGGUAAAUACUAUACUUGUUUAAAGAGUUUGAAGAGACAUCAGUUUUAUCAUCUGAAUGAUGAGGACAAACCAUAUCAAUGUGAAACAUGUGGUAAAGGCUUUACAUGUGCUAAUUACUUCAAAAUUCAUCAGAGAACUCAUACUGGAGAAAAACCCUAUCAAUGUGAUACUUGUGGUAAAGCUUUUGCUCAUAGCAGUACCUAUCAUCAUCAUGUAAAAAUACAUCAGAAACAGAAAAACUUUGUUUGUGGUGUGUGUGGCCUGGCAUUUACCUCUCAAUACUAUCUUCAGACUCAUAUGGUAGAACAUUCUGGAGAGGAACCUUUACAUUGUGAUGUUUGUCAACAUGCAUUUUUCUCUAAGAAAGGUCUCUCAUCUCAUAUAUUGAUAAACCCAGCUGAUUUAAAGACCUUCAAGUGUCUGGUUUGUGAAAAGACUUACAAAGACUAUUAUGAUAUAAAGAUUCAUAUGAUGGCUCAUUCUGGUAUCAAACCUUACAAAUGUGACAUGUGUUCAGAAUCGUUCUGUAAGAGAUCAGUUCUGGCCCUCCAUAAAAUGAAACAUACUGGAGAGAAACCUCAUUCCUGUGAUGUUUGUGGAGAAUCUUAUAUAACCAAAAAUUUGCUGAAGUUACACAUGAGUAAACAUACUGGAGUUAAACCAUAUAAAUGUAAAGUUUGUCUGGAAGCUUUCUCAAAAAGUCUAAAGAAUUAUGUGGAAUCUAAAAUAAAGGAACAUAAUCAUGUGUGUGAUAUAUGUGGUAAAUCAUACCAUGAGAGGUUCAGCUUGAAAAUUCACAUGAGAACACAUACCAAGGAGAAACCAUAUAAAUGUGACACCUGUGGUAGAGGUUUUACAUCAUCAACCAACAGAAGACGACACAAAAUGACCCAUUCUGGUGAAAAACUGUUUAAAUGUCCAUUCUGUGAACUCUCUUUUUAUGUCAGGGCUGAUCUGAACAAACAUAAGAAGACUCAUAGUUCUGAGAGACCAUUUCAAUGUGAUGAAUGUGGUAAAGCCUUUAAGACCAAAUCCACUCUCAGAGAUCACAUUAAAUUUCAUGUUGGUGCCAAACCAUUUGAAUGUGAUCUAUGUGAUAAGGCAUUUGUCUUGAAGACUUGCUUAACCACCCAUAGACGCACUCACACUGGAGAAAAGCCUUUUGGAUGUACCCUAUGCUUCAGGAAGUUUUCUGAUAAUCGCUCUAGAAAGAAACAUGAAGCUACCCAUGGAGCCAACCCUAAUAAUGCCACCACCAUUAUGACUGAAUCUGUUUAUCAAUUACCUCCUCAACCUCAACAGAAUGUUUCACCUCAUCUGAUGCCAAUUCAACAUCAUAGAUCUUUACCCAUGCAUCAUCCACCUCACUCUAUAUCACAUCAAAUGAUCCCUUCCUUACCACCAUCUAUACCACAUCCUAUUCCUCAACGCAUGCAACCUAUUCAACACCCUAGAAUGCCUGCACAUCAACCUAACUCUAUAUCAAUUGAUGGAGUAGAAAUUAAUCAGGCUGUAUCAUUUAUAGAACUGGGAACUUACCAUCAAUUAUAA